GAGGGUUACAGAUAAGCUAUAAUGUUUCUGGAAUAGCUUCUUCGCCUCGGAUUCAUUAAAUUUUCCGUCGCCCUGGGCCUGGGCAGCAACGACAGGGGAGAACUCGCAACUAUUACCCCAGAUUCCAUCGCCGCGGCUCCUUGUUUUCUCAUACGAUCACGCAUUCAGAAUUGAAGAAUUUGAAUCACGCAUUUAAUCAUGUCUGCGACGUCUGUUUACUGCGCCCCACCUAACCCCAGGAAGCGGGCUUCGGUUGCUUGUAACGGAUGUCGGGUUAAGAGAACAAAGUGCGAUGGCAGUCAGCCAAGACGCAGCGCAUGUUACGACCGUCAACAAGACUGCGAGUAUACCCAGGCUGAAAGCAACAGAAAACGACAUACUAAUGCAUACAUUAACGCGUUGGAAGCCCGUGUCGCCAGCUUGGAGAAGCAACUCGCCCAGCGAGAUGGUGAUGCUGGGUCACCAGAUUCUGCAAAGAACAGCAGCAACUGUGACCAUGAGGAAGUAGCUUUUGUGACCACUACCCGACCUCCUCAACCAGCCCCCAGCAGCGUCACAAGCGAAGAAGAGAUGGAUGAUCUCGCAAAUGCCCUUGGGUGCUUUACUCUGGGUGAGAUUGGAGAGCUGCGCUAUUUCGGCGCAUCCAGUAACUUUUCCAUCAUUCACAAUCACGCUAUCAAGGUGCCAUCCUCGAUCCAAGCCAGAAAUCGCGGCAUAGAGGCUGCCAAUAACAUGCCUGAUUUCAUCACGCCUUCUGAUGAGCUGCGCGACCACUUGCUCGAAAUAUUCUGGCGGUGGCAGAAUUCAUGGCAGUAUAUCGUCCCGAGAGAACUAUUUGUGCGCGACUUAUACGUUGAGAAAAAUGGACGUUACUGCACACCUUUGCUGAUGGCGGCAAUUCUAGCUAUGUCAUCGCGGUACUCUCCAAGACUGGAGCUUCGAACUGACCCCGAUGACGCCAACACGGCUGGCGAAGCAUUUGCGGCUCAAGCCAAGACCAUGCUUCAUUACGAAUCUGAAGCGCCGACGACAUCUACGGUUCAAGCAACAGCACUCCUUGGCCUGUACUGGGCGACUAUCGACAAUGAGGGUCUCGGAUUCAUGUACAUCGGUAUGGCGACAAGAAUGGCCAUGAACUUAGGGCUUCAUUGCAAUUGCUCGCCAUACGCUUCGAAAGGUCUGGUAUCGGAUGAUGAUGUCGAAGCGAGAAAUGUUACCUUCUGGGGCGUCUAUGUCCUAGAUAAGUUCUACUGUCUUGGCAUGGGCCGGCCUGCGAGUAUCCAAGAGUACAAUAUCACAACGACCAAACCAAAAGGGCUCGUCCAGCACAGUCCGUUUUUAUCUGACUACCAACUCAAGAUAUCAAGUCCCUUCUCAACCGCUCAUAUCAUGGAGAAUUCUAUGUACACCUGUGAGCUUUUGAUCGCUACAUCUGAAGUUAUCGAUCAGCUAUAUGCUCAGAGAUAUGCAUGGACAGACAAAGAAAGGGAGGAUCGAGUAAUGAAGGCCCAUCUACAAGCUGUUGGACUAUUUGACCGGCUGCCGAAAAGCUUGAAGAUCUCAAGUUCCAGUCUUCAAUGUUCGCCGCCAUACGUCUAUCAGUUUCAUUUGCAGUAUCAUCAUGCAAUAUUGCUACUCCACCGACCAUUCUUUCAGCUUCUCAAUCCUGGCAAGAGCUCUAUCGCCUAUGAUCCAGAAGGAGGAGAUAUCCACUCAAAGUCCUGCAGGGACUCAGCCGUCAAAAUGGCCAGAAUCUUACAGAUAUUCAGAAAGAAUUACACGAUGCGAUGUAUGCCGGUCUCAGCAGUCCAUCCAGCCUUCACCGCAGCAAUCAUUCAUCUUCUUCACAUCAAAUCAACAGGAAAUAGCGGUAGAAGCGAGGCUAUGAGAUGCCUUUACAUAUGCGUCAAAUCUCUGUACGAGAUGAAUUUGAACUGGAAUUGGGCCAACCGAUCCAUUCGGGCGAUCUUGUCGCUGGCUAGGGAAUGGGAGAUUGACAUUUGGGCGCAUGGCUUGGCACAAGAUAUUAACGAAGAGUGUCGAAGGCAAUUUGAACGGUAUGAAAUGGAUGACUUGGUUGUUUUCCAUGAUCAAGGUUCGGAUAGUAGCUUUGAGCACGUUUAUUCGCUGGACGAUAUCUUUGAGUCUUGGACGUAUGAUCAGUGUUUUGGAGAGUCAUCCCUUGACUUUUUUGUAUGAUGUCGGGAUUUACUUUGUAUUUAUUGUUAGUAUUUCUAGUCGGGCUUAUAUAGUUUAAUCCAGCGGAUAUUCAUUAUCCUGCUACCAACUUGAUUGAG